AUGGGCCCAGAUCGACAUGCGCAACUAGAUGAUUUCAGCAUCGUCUUCCCCUUUCCUCUUCGGCUGGCCUUGAUAUUGGUUGCUGGCUUUUGGGGAUGGGGUAUCAACCUCCACUAUCUUUAUAAAAAUAGCAUAGAUGUUCCAGCUCUGAUCAGAUAUCCUCCUCGUCAAACCCCUUCUCAGGAACCUCACCAUACCUCGGCAUAUCGUCUCGCGACACUCUUGACGGUCCCUCUUCUGAUUUGCUUCCUCGUCUUCUGGACGGUUACACGCCGUGAUCCGGAACGUGUGGAAUUCUACGAUUAUAUCGCACAGUCAUACCUAUUUCUCUUCGUACUCCUGCUCGUAUUUCCCUUUCAUCGACUUGCGAAUUCUGGACGACAACGUUUUCUGGCGACUUUGAGGCGUAUCAGCAUUGGCGGGCUGGCAGAAACAAACGAUGGCAAAUUUGCGGACAUAUUGCUUGCGGAUGCUCUGACGAGCUAUGCAAAGGUCCUUGGAGACCUAUAUGUGUGCUUCUGCAUGUUCUUCUCCCGCAAUACUUCUAGUACGGCAAAACCGGAUCGCAAUUGCGGAGAUUAUGUCGUGUCUCUUGUGAUCGCACUGCCCAGUUUAAUGCGGUUUCGGCAGUGUCUGAUCGAAUACGUGCGUGUUCGGCGAGCUCAUCCCAGAGGAGAGAACAGGGGCGGCCAGCAUUUGGCAAACGCCUUGAAGUAUGCAUCAGCAUUCCCUCCUAUCUUUCUGGCCGCCCAGUUAAGGAACUACAACCCAUUUAACUCCUACGGACUCAGUGAAAUAGCCCUGUCUCGGCUAUUUUUCUUAUUUUCCUUCAUUAAUGCUUCUUACUCCUUCUACUGGGACGUGACCAUGGAUUGGGACUUCACCCUCCUCACACCCUCCAGGGACGACCCUGGACAACCUUACGGGCUACGCCGACACCUUUACUUCCCCUCGGAACGACUAUACUACGCUGUCAUUUCCACCGAUUUUAUCCUCCGUUUCACAUGGCUGUGCAGAUUCAUACCUGGUGUCACGAUGCCAAGCAGAGAAAGUGGCAUCUUUAUACUCAAUUUCCUUGAAGCCAUGAGACGGUGGAUAUGGAUUUUCUUCCGCGUCGAGGCGGAAUGGAACCGCAACAACCACGGUUCAGUUCCUGAUGAUAUUUUCCUCGGCGAAUUCAAAGUCCCAAGCGGGACGCGGAAUGAAUAG